GCGGGUGCCGGCCCAGACGCAGCGCAGGGCAGGCCUCCCGUUCAUCAGCUGGCGCUUCCGCUUCCUUCAGCAAUAAGAAGGCUGUGACUGUCGCUUCUCCGUCAUGUCUCUGUGUUUUCCUCGAUUUCUCUUCUCUUGCUUCCUGUAUAUUUCCUAAUCGCGAACCGCCGUCACGAUCACGAUGGAAAAUGGCAGAUUCGAGAAUUAUGACGAUCCCGAUAUAUACGCCGAGGGCCAAAAGAAAGUCCUCGACAUCGCGAGCCAGAAUUUCGUGAUUGAAUUCGGACGAGAAGAGGCUCAGAUCGCGUUCAACCUCGAAGAAGACGAUUUCAAUAGAUUACUAACCGACACACGACCGCAACAGCGACCGAUUCGAUGGAUGUAAGGUUCCCGACGUUCCGUUCCGCCCCCGCAAUAACAACUCUAACAACAAAACCAGAAACAUCUGGGGACCACACAAGCAAGAAGCAGCCAUCACGCGAAUUGCCAAACACUAUGGCUUUUCCAGUAGACUCCAUGCUGUGAUUAGAGACACGCCCAUGCCCCGUAAACCCAAACACAGCGAGCCGAAAUCCUAUCAUUUCUCGUAUCAUGGGCAUAAGGACGAUGAUCUGGAGAAGGGAGAGAUCACCUCGGAACAGGAAAAGGUGAAGGAGAGGAAAUCUUUCUCGAUGCAGUCGGCUGCUGGGCAUUACCAUAUCGUAAAUAAGAUGACGAAUUACCAUGCCAUUGAUUUUGGGGAGAAGUGUAAGUUCUUCUAAAGUUCGCUUGUUUGGGUUGUCCGCGUCCUAACGUUUUUUUGCUUCUUGGAGUUAUUUGUGUGGGUGCGAAUUGGAUGCAUGAACAAAUGCCCGAGGAUAAGAAGAUAAAUUUAGGAACUGAUAUAUCGGGGAAACAUGAAGAAGAAGAAGAAGAACAUCGUCGGCUAUAUUCAUGGCUGGUAGUUUGUAAUGACAGUAUGUAUCUCUCGCCUAACUACAAUAAUUCUUUACUAAUUGCAUUAGGCACCGUUAUUUCAUUUCACGAGCAUGUCGACGAUAUCAAAAACCUGGAAAGUGCCCGGUCGAAUUUAAAAAACGUCUUCUGUCAACUAUCAUUAAUUGGGAUGCGCGAAAAAUCCGAGACACCCAUUGCAAUGAUAUCCCUCCGAAACGAAUUAAGCCAAAAUGGCUUUCAGGACUGGGGUAGCGAGGGAGCAAGUAAUCUAUUCUAUUAUCUAUUUGAUGAUUGGCAAACAGUAUAUCAAACCGUGGAAAGAUUUCAGGAUAAAUUAGAAGCUUUAGUAAAGAGCCCUAUCCCCCAAAUGAAGAAAAACAACUAACACAACGCAGGGCAAAAGAAUCUUCGACAGCUCAGUACAUCUCCUCCAUCCCACCCCACAUUCCCAUUCCCAACUAACACCAUAACAGUCCCGCAAAUCCGUCAAACCAAUCCAAAAAGAGAUCGUCCCCCAACUCCACAAAAUCGGCUACAAGAUCCGCCAAAUGCAGCACGUCUACGAAGGCUACAAAAACCUGAUCCAACGGGUCCUCCAACCCGCCAAGCAACCCGGCACCAACGGUUCGCGAACCCCCAGUUCCCCCACGUCGGAAACGAUGCAAUUCGCCCCUCUGAAUGGGCGUCAAGGACCCCCUCUGGCACCCUCUGCGAUAUCGAGAUUCGAGAGACUAGGUGAUAGAUUACAACUCCUAAUCCUAAGCGAAACGAAAGAACUCCUCCUCGAAAAAGACGCUUUAGCAAAUACCGUUUGUCCCCCCCUUUCCCCAUCCAUCCCCCUGCCAACUAAACAAACCCAGUACUUCAGCAUCAACGCGCAAAAAGACUCCGAAGCCACCGCACGCCUCACCCGAGCCGCAGGUCUCCUCGCCAAGCUGUCCGUCCUCUUCCUCCCCGUCUCGCUCAUGACAUCUUACUUCUCGAUCCAGAUCAAGGACCUCGAGGGCGUGUAUUCAGUGACGGAUUACUGGUACUCGUUUGCGGUGAUUAUGAGUAUUUCGUUUCUUUUGCUGUUCUUUUUGAAUCGUGCUUUGAUGUGGGUUACGGAGAGUUUUGAUGGGGUUGUGAAGAGGGGGGGAAGGAUGUUGCUUGAGAGGGGAUGGGGGAGUGGGGGGAAGGGGAAGGGGAAGGAUGUUUGA